AUGCGACAAGCGGCAGCAAAGAAAAGACAAAAAAUGCUGAAGACAAAUAAAGAAAAUAUCGAGGGACUUGCAUCAGUUGUAGCAAUAAAUAAAGCAAUUGAUAUCAAAACCCGUCAGCAAAACAGAGAAAAACACCAAUCAAUAAUCAACUGGGUGACCAUGGUAAACGCGGCAAGAAAACACGAAGAAAAGUGGAAAAAACCGAUAGAUUGGAGAUUGGUCAAGGAAAGAUCAAUAAGCAGAUAUGUACCAGCCGAUAACAACACACAAGCGACAUUCAUGACAAUUCAGUCGACAAUGCAACGACAUUCACAUAUGUAA